AUGAUCAGCGCCCCUGAUGUGGUGGCCUUUACCAAAGAGGAAGAAUACGAGGAGGAACCCUACAAUGAGCCACCCCUGCCAGAGGAAUACUCCGUUCCCCUGUUCCCCUUUGCAAACCAGGGGGCUAACCCGUGGUCUAAGUUGUCAGGGGCCAAAUUUACUCGGGAUUUCAUUCUCAUCUCAGAGUUCUCUGAGCAGGUGGGACCCCAGCCUUUGCUGACCAUUCCUGAUGAUACCAAAGUUUUUGGCACUUUUGAUCUCAAUUACUUCUCCCUCCGGAUCAUGUCUGUGGAUUACCAGGCCUCCUUUGUGGGGCAUCCAUCUGGCUGUGCCUAUCCCAAACUGAACUUUGUGGAAGACUCCAAGGUUGUACUGGGAGAUUCAAAAGAAGGAGCUUUUGCUUAUGUGCACCAUCUCACCCUUUAUGAUCUGGAGGCCAGGGGCUUUGUGAGGCCAUUUUGCAUGGCCUAUAUUUCUACUGAUGAACAUAAAAUCAUGCAACAAUUCCAAGAGCUCUCAGCUGAAUUCUCUAAGGCUUCAGAGUGCUUGAAGAAAGGCAAUAGAAAAGCUUUUGCAAAUGAACUUGAAAAGAAAUUGAAAGAUCUAGAUUAUACCCGGACAGUGCUGCACACUGAAACAGAGAUCCAGAAAAAGGCCAAUGACAAGUGGUUUUAUUCCUCUCAGGCCAUUGAGAAGGCCAAUGAACUGGCCAGUGUGGAAAAAUCCAUUAUUGAACACCAAGACCUAUUAAAACAAAUCAGAUCUUAUCCUCACCGAAAACUGAAGGCAUCUGAUUGCUAUCCAUGUGAGCCAGAUUGUUCCCAGGAUCAAUCGGCUGACCAGGCAUCCACUACCUCUAAGCCUGAAGAGCCUGCUGAAACAAAUCUUUAUAGACGAAGACCCUCAUAUACCCCUAAGCUCAUCAAGGCAAAGUCUGCUAAAUGUUUCGACAAGAAGCUGAAAACCUUGGAAGAACUUUGUGACACUGAGUUUUUCACCCAGACCCUGGCUCAGUUAAAUCAUAUUGAGCGCAUGUUUAGAGGAGAUCUGUGCUACCUUUUGACCAGCCAGAUUGACAGAGCCCUUUUGAAACAACAACGUAUAACUAACUUCCUCUUUGAAGACUUGUUCGUUUUAGAUGAUAAAGUAGUAGAGAAACAGGAUAAUAUGCCCUUGGAGUAUAGUCAGGACAAGCUGCACACCAGAUCUUUGGAAGAUUGUCCAAUUCCUAAAGUGUUAAUUAACGUAGGAUCUUUUAAGUCCAGUGUGGAGUCUGUACUUAUCAAAAUGGAGCAGGAACUUGGAGAUGAAUUCAGAGAGUCUGAGGUGACAGAAUCUAGUGUUUAUGAUCAUCAGGAGAACUUGGAUUACCUUGACAUGGAUAUGAAAGGAAGCGUCAGUAGUGGUGAAAGUAUUGAAGUUUUGGGAACUGAAAAGUCUACUUCUGUUUUAUCUAAGUCAGACAGUCAGGCAAGCUUGACUGUCCCAUUGAGUCCUCAGGUGGUCCGGAGCAAAGCAGUCAGUCGGAGGACUAUUAGUGAGGACAGCAUUGAGGUUCUUAGCACUUGUCCCUCAGAGGCCUUGAUCCCUGAUGACUUUAAGGCAAGUUACCCAAGUGCCAUUAAUGAAGAACCUUAUGUGGAAGAGCCUUAUGCAGAUGAUGAUGGAGCUAUUCACUUUAGUGCAAGUGUCAAUCAACAGGAUCUUGGUGAGAUAGAGGGCAGUUCAGAAAAUACCUUAUUACAAACAGAUUCUACUUGUUGUAUUGGAAAAGAGAGUUCAGGCUUCCUCAUACCAAAUUCUGACCAAACACAAAAACACUGCGAUGAAGAUGGAGUGGUCAGUAUUCCCCCACAACGCUAUAGGGAGAAGCAACAGGGAUUUCAUGUGGACUUCUCAGUGGAUGACAUCAACUCUUCCUCCCAGGAAAACGCAACAGAAGGCCUUUCUCCUUAUGACCAAGACCCAAACUGCCUGAGAAGCAGCAGGGAUCUCAGUAAGAUCAGCCUUAAUGAAUAUGGAGAUUCUACCAGCUACAUAAGCAGUGCAGCAUCCACCAGUUCCGAUAGAACUCCUUCUCCUGCCCAUCACAUUGGCCUCUCUUCAGAGAGGCAUAAAAAAAAGGCUGGGCAAAAUGCCUUAAAGUUCAUUAGGCAGUACCCCUUUGCACACCCUGCAAUCUAUUCUCUGCUUAGUGGGAGGACUCUUAUUGUGCUAGGGGAAGAUGAAGCAGUAGUGAAGAAGCUUGUGACAGCUCUUUCUAUCUUUGUUCCCAACUAUGGCAAAUCUGCCAAGCCUGUGAAACACUGGGUCUCUUCCCCUUUGCACAUAAUGGACUUUCAGAAGUGGAAACUUAUUGGCUUACAGAGAGUGGUUUCUCCAGCUGGUGUCAACACUCUCCAUUCCCUGAACCGCUACAGCCGUUAUACCAGCAUACUAGAUUUGGACAACAAAACACUUCGUUGCCCACUCUACCGAGGCACAUUGGUACCCCGUCUGGCAGAUCACCGCACCCAGAUCAAACGGGGGAGCACCUAUUACAUGCAUGUGCAGAGUGUCCUGACCCAGCUGUGUUCUAAAGCCUUUCUCUAUACUUUCUGUCAUCACCUACACUUGCCCAUCAAUGAGAAGGAGACCGAGCAGUCUGUGGUAGGCCGACAGGUGAACUUCUUGAAGCUGCAACUGGGCCUGGUCAAUGAGGAUGUCAAAGUGGUGCAAUAUUUGGCUGAGCUGCUCAAGCUGCAGUACAUCCAAGAGCCUGUUAGGCCUAAUCAUUCAAUGCUCAGGUUUGACUAUGUUCCCAGCUUUUUGUACAAAAUCUAG